GCUCGUGUAGAGAUGGUGAAGCUUUUCUGUUCUAUUGUUGGUGUGGCGGGAAGCGCGUUCUCCGUGGAAGUAGACGAAGGCAAAAUUGUGGAUGACUUGAAGGAAGCGAUCAAGGCGAAGAAGGCCAACGACUUCAAAGAGGUUGAUGCAGACAAGCUGCAGCUCUUCCUGGCGAAGAAGAAGAAAGGCGCUGGGGUGUGGCUAACGGAGAACGACGUGAAGGUCGGUGUAAGUGACACGAGUGAUUUGAAGCUGUUGGGCGUGGCAGGAGCGCCGCUCGGCUUGGUUGGCUUGUCGGAGAAGGAAGUCAACUUCGUACCCACGCUAGAGGAUGUCGAGUCGAUGAACACACCUGUUCAAGUGCUGGUGGCGUUGCCUCCUUGGACAAGUAGUGCGCCUAUUUCUGAUGGGACGAACUUAUGGCUGUCGAGAUUUCAACAUAACGAGUAUGCCAAGAUCACGGAAUUUCCAGAAGCUGCGGAAGGUGGUGCACCAUAUCAGCAAACAGGUUUAUGGCUGGUUCGUGGAUCAGUUGCGAAUGCUCUCAGUACAAAAGGAGUUCGCUGUAGACUCUACCGCCUGGCUGGAACAUACCUUGGGUACUAUGAUCCUACUCGUCGCACCGGUGACAAGAAUACCGCGCUCUGGUACGAAGACAAUACUUUGUGCAUCAAUGUUCUCUUCAAGACAGAAGAGAAUGCUUUGCGGUUCGACAAUUCCUUACAGGAAGAGCCAGUUACGCUGGGUUCUCCGCUGAAUGGCCAAGAAGUUACGACAAGUGUUGCACAUGUUGGAGGUCUGCCCACUAAAUUAAAGCGUAUCUACUUCGUCCAUUAUGACCCACAGGAUCCGGAGUCGCCGCAAGACACAAUCUCGUCCAUUUCUCUGAGUACAAGUGUGACAGUUCUGGACACUUUGACUGACGAGUUUCAGUUUCAACGGAUCGAACAUGAAAUGUACUUCCUGCCGUAUGGUAAGGCGGAGAGCUGCCAUUUGGUGUCAAAAAAGAAAUGUACAGACAGAGACUUCAAACGAGAAUUCGCCAAGUACGAUCGUGACGCGAACAAUCGGCUUGCACUUUCUCGCGAGAUGCAUGGGUUUUACGAUGGUCUCAGCAUGGAAGUUCCGAUUGUCAACAUGUUCCCAGGUUGUGUGGAUGCAACUCGAUCCGUCAACAACAGAUACAAGGUCGAAGUCUUCGUGAAAGUGCUGGAUGCACAGUGCAAAGAUCGCGUUUUUAGUCGCUUGAAAGAAGGAGCUGAGCAGACGGAUGACCCACUCAUGAUGAAAACUUUUGUCUACGUUGAGAACCCGGACACGUUUUGUUUCUGUCUGAAGUGGAAGUACGACGAAAACAAUGAGUGCUGGUCAAGCUUUCUUACCAUGACUCCAGCGGUCGAUUGAGAAGAAAACCGAUUUGGGAGAUCCCAAAACCGUUCCGAAC